AUGAGAACAAAGUGGUUUGAACAACUGAGUGCUGAUAAGCAGACUGGGAAAAUCACAAAGGAAGUUAUUUUGCCACUGUUUGAGCGAUGGGUAACGAGAAGACAUGGGUCAAUGUCUUUUCAUCUGACCCAAAUAAUGACAAGACACGGCUGUUUUAACUCGUAUCUAUACCAAAUUGGAAAGGCUGCCUCAGAUCGAUGUGCGCAUUGCGGGAUAGCACGUGAUACGUUAUCACAUACGUGGGAGGAGUGCGGCAGUUGGACAGAAGAACGCAAGUUGUUGCGGAUGAAACUAAAUGUCGGCAGUGUGACAAUAAAAAGCGCAAUUGAAGAGAUGCUGGCUGGACCAGAGGAAUGGCAGGCAGUUGUGCACUAUGCUGAUAGGGUUCUCUUAAAGAAAGAGGACAUGGAAAGAGAAAGGCAGGGUCAACCUGGAGCUAUAAGAAGACUAUAA